CAUUAACGAAAACACAACAGAAAAGGUAUGUCCCAGUGGGUGACCUAAGAAGUCGCUGAUUGGACUACAGCUCGUUUUACUUUUGAACCGGAAGUUAUUCUAGCGUGCUUCGUUUGAAUGAGAAGCAAAGCAAGCGGGAAUACGGUCACGUCGCAAUGUAUUGCCCAAACUGUGGAAAAGAGCUGGUUGAGCCGUCACCAAACUUUUGUAGCAAUUGUGGCAAGAAGCUUCAAGAAAUUUGUACGGAAGAUACUCCACAAUGUUCAACACAACAGAGUGUUCCAUCCCGCCCUUCCCCAGCCCUCAGCAACUUCCAUGAAUACAGAAGAAAAAAAAAAAAGAGGAUCGACAAAAGUAUUCUCUUGGGAAAAGCAAAAGGAAAAAAUGAAAGUUCGGAUACAUAUUGGCUUGAUGACCAUUCAGAAGAAUUGUCUAAAGCCACAGCGUGGAAAAAUCAUUUUGCUUGCAACAAACCCAGAUGUCUCUGCCACACCUCUGCUCAGUCUUGCUGUUAAAAAGAUGAAGGACUUCAACAAAGACAUAGAAGAUGGACCUUUCCUCCUUCUGUACCCAGAUGGGACAGAGGUUAUUAAUAUCCCUGGGACUCAAACACCUUUUACCCUUGCAGAUUAUAAGGCUGAAAUUGGCAAGUCAUAUCAAAGGAUCUCUCUUUUCCUCUGCUUGAAAAGGGACUUUGAAGAAGUUGGAAAAUCAUCAGACUCCUCUGAUUCCGACCCAGAGAUUGUUAUUAGAAAAUCCGAGUUUGAUCUUGCUGAUACACUGCCAUGGGAACCUAUGAAUGAAAGCAGUCCUUUGCAAAACGUGGCAGAAACAGAGAAUGGUGCUGGGGAUCUUGUACUUGCAAAUGAAGUACAACAGGUUAUGGACUUGGAUAACAAUGGCAACAAUCCAGGCACCAGUCAAUGUCUCACUGUCCAGAGCUACUGUUACAGAGACUACACCACUCUCUUUAAGCCCAUUGUUAUUGAUGAUGACGAUGAGAUUGAAUAUUUUACAGAAGACAAAAAGCAGGACCUGACCCCAGAAGAACAUGUAAAAACAAAUGUGCAGCCACAUGAUAUUAUUGCAGAACUGGCCAAGAAUAUAGACCACAAGAAAGUCAGCCGGUUCAAUAUAUGUCGUACUGAUGUGUGGGAUGGAGCUGUUCGGGGCUUUCAGAGGAGCACAUACUCUGACAAGAACGACAUGUUCAUCAACGAUAUGUUCAUCAUGUUCAUCAACGACAUGUUCAUCAACGAUAUGUUCAUCAUGUUCAUCAACGACAUGUUCAUCAAACAUGUUCAUCAAAUCUGCGAGUCCUCAGAGCGAUGCCUUGAGGGUUCAGCUGCCUCAGCAGUCUCAUUACAACAUCACGUUUAA